CAUUUGUUGUUCUUUGUUUAGUGUUUAAUAAAAAAUGCUUAUCAAUGGAUUAUGAUUUUAAAAUUUCAAUGAAUGACAAAAGGCGAAGGGUGGAGGACCUUUUUGAGUUUGAAGGGUCAAAAGUUGGUCGAGGCACAUAUGGACAUGUUUAUAAAGCAAAACCAAAAGAUAUAAAGGAUACAAAGGAAUAUGCACUAAAAGAAAUAGAAGGCACUGGCAUAUCAAUGUCAGCAUGUAGGGAAAUUGCACUGUUGAGAGAAUUGUCACAUCCUAAUGUAAUUACAUUGCGUCGCGUGUUUUUGUCUCAUGCUGAUCGUAAAGUUUGGUUGCUUAUUGAUUAUUCGGAACAUGACUUAUGGCAUAUUAUAAAGUUUCAUCGAACAUCAAAAGCACACAAGAAAAUAGUUCCAGUGCCGAGAAGUAUGGUGAAGUCAUUGCUUUAUCAAGUCCUUGAUGGCAUACAUUAUUUACAUGCUAAUUGGGUUUUGCACCGAGAUUUGAAACCAGCAAAUAUUCUUGUUAUGGGAGAUGGUUUUGAAAGGGGGACUGUUAAAAUAGCUGAUAUGGGUUUUGCACGUUUAUUUAACUCACCUUUAAAGCCGUUAGCUGACCUUGAUCCAGUCGUUGUUACGUUUUGGUACAGGGCUCCAGAAUUGCUCCUAGGCGCAAGACAUUAUACGAAAGCUAUAGAUAUUUGGGCAAUUGGUUGCAUCUUUGCAGAACUGUUAACAUCAGAACCAAUUUUUCACUGUCGACAGGAAGACAUCAAAACAUCCACCCCUUACAACCAUGAUCAAUUGGACAGAAUCUUUAACGUUAUGGGUUUUCCUCUUGAGAAAGACUGGCCUGAGAUAUCAAAAAUGCCCGAGCAUCCAACAUUACUGAAAGAUUUUCGUAAACAUAACUACGGAAAUAAUUCGUUAGGAAAGUAUAUGGAGCGACAUAAAAUAAAGUCUGAUAGCAAAGCAUUUCAGUUAUUGUCAAGACUUUUAACGAUGGACCCGACAAGAAGAAUAACUUCAGAAGAGGCACUUAAAGACAAUUAUUUUCUGGAAGAACCUUUGCCAACAAAAGAUGUCUUCUGUGGACACCCUAUACCUUAUCCUAAAAGGGAGUUUAUAUCUGAGGAAGAUAAUGAUAACAAAUCAAAUAAAAACAGUCAAGUUAGCAAAGGAAGUUCCGGUCAACAAAUCCAGUCGAAACGGGUCCGCGUCGUUCCAUCAGCUCACGCAAGCCAGGCAGAUUACCAGCAACAAAAACGUUACUACUCGCACCAACAGAACCAGCAGGCACAGCAACAACAACAGUCGGGUGGAAUUAACUUCACUUCAUCUCAUGGCCCAUCGACUACAAUGCAUUAUACAGCGUCGAAUAAUCAAAAUAUACACAGAUAUUAGUCUUUUCUGGUUUGCUUCCGACUUAGUCAAUGUCUCAGUACAAUAUGCAUGAUAUUAUUUUAGGAAUAAAAACACAUCUUGCUGCAUUUUUCAAAUCUUCUAUAUUUUUUUUAAACUAGCCUUUGUCGUUUCUUGCUACUCCUAAUUUUGUCCCCAGGGUCUGUCGGGUUUUUUUUUUAAAUGAGGUUGGCUACCACCGGUACUGUAGAAAUUAAUAAACGCUCCAGUUUUUUACGUGCAUCUUUUUCAAUUGCAUCCUUUGUAUAAAUGGUAAGUGUCCAGUUUGUCUUGUUUAAAAGAGUUGAGUAAAGCAUGUAAUUAUCCGGAGAUGAUUUUUAAAUUAUUAAUUUUAUAAAAUUGUACAUAUAUUUAAAACCAUGGUUGCUUCGAUACUUAUGUCUCGAUUAUAAUCUCUCCGUUCA